CCUGCGGGCUGCCUGCGUGCUGGCCGCGCUGCCGGCCGCCCAGGCCAGGCUCUAUCCCGGGAGGAAGAAGCCGGGCAGCUUUGCCGUGGAGAGGUACCGAAAGGAUCCCCUUCCCCCCCUUCCGGGGGAGCCCGUGUAAACGCGCGGAGCGGAGUGACUCCGGUUGGGGCGCGGCGGUGCCUCUGCCAGGCUUGUGCUCAGCCCGUGCUGUGUGCACCCUGCCCUGGGGGCGUGGGUGGCGCUGGGUCCUUCGUGCCUCUCUGUCUGCCCACCUCGUGCUCCAGGGGCUCCGCUCUGACCCUGCGGCCAUUUGGGGCGCUCCUGUCACACUCCACAGCUGCCCCCUGCCCGUGUGCUGGAUGCCGCGUGCCAUGCCGGGGCACGCGUGUCUGCGGUGUGCGCCGCCGGUCCAGCUGUGGGUCUGUCCGCUUGUCGCACUCGCUGCUGUGGCGUGUGUGCCCGUCUGGCUGCGCCACCUCCCGGUGCCAACCCCUGAGGGAGCAGGCGAGAAGCCUGUAGGGCCCUCAGGUGGGCAGGAUGUCGGCCCCCAGCACCGAGGUCGCUCCCUUGUUUUCCACAAGGCUGGUCUUAGUGGGACCUUGGGCAGAGCUGUUUCUUUUGCAAGUCGCACCGCCCAGAAGUGUUCCCGCUCUCUCCCUGGUGGGAGCCGACUCCCGUGGCACCUUUGGUCCCACCUUGUGUCUGGCAGCCACAGUGGGCCGAGAGGCAGGGCUCAGCUGGCCCUUCCCAACUGCCUCAAUGUCCUUCUCCUUACCUUUGACCUGCGGGUGGCUCUGGCUGCCGUGUGUCCCAGGCUGGGCGUGGGGGGGUCCUCCAAGAAUCUCAGCAUCUCUCCACCCCAGGCGCCGCAUGGGACCACACGUCUGCUUCUCAGGCUUUGGAAGUGGAUGCUGCCCUGGGUGGAUGCCGUCCCCAGGCAGCGGGCAGUGUACCCUGCCUCUCUGCUCCUUUGGCUGUGGCAACGGUCUCUGCAUUGCUCCCAACGUCUGCUCCUGCCCGAAUGGCAAGCAGGGCAUCACUUGCCUAGAUCCACCCAGUGCCUGUGGUGAGUAUGGCUGUGACCUCACCUGUAACCAUGGUGGCUGCCAGGAGGUGGCUCGUGUCUGCCCUCUGGGUUUCUCCAUGGUGGAGACAGCUAAUGGCGUGCGCUGCACAGACAUCAACGAGUGCCUGAGCGCCUCCUGUGAGGGGCUGUGUGUCAACACCGAGGGUGGCUUCGUGUGCGAGUGUGGCCCAGGCAUGCAGCUCUCUUCUGACCGCCAUAGCUGCCAGGACACAGAUGAGUGCCUGGCCACCCCAUGCCAGCACUGGUGCAAGAACAGCAUUGGCAGCUACCGCUGCUCCUGCCGCCCUGGCUACCACCUACAUGGCAACAGGCAUUCCUGUGUGGAUGUGAACGAGUGCCGCUGGCCCAGUGAGAAGCGUGCCUGCCAGCACUCCUGCCACAACACUCCAGGCAGCUUCCUGUGCACCUGCCGCCCAGGCUACCGGCUCAGUGGGGACAGGGUGUCAUGCGAAGGCUUACCAAAAACCAUUCUGGCCCCGUCUCCCAUCCUCCAGUCUCUGCAGCACCCUCCAACACUCCUGCUGCUCCCCCCUGACUCUGGGAGGCACUUAUUGGCUCCUAAAGGCUCCCUGCCUUCCCGAACCCCUGCCCUUGCUCCUGCUCCUGUACCCAGCACCCACACCCCUUCCCCACUGCCGCCAGCAACCUCCUCCCUGAUGUGGAAUUUCCUGCCACCAUCACUGCUCCAGGAGGGUCCAUUGCCCUCAAGUCAUCCUGCUGCUGUUCCACCACCCUCCCCUGAUGCUCCACCUUCCCCCUGCUGGCAUCAGGGGGCACUGUGGGAGCAUGAUAGCCGCUGGAUGGAGCCCAGCUGCCUGAGCUGUACUUGCAAGGGGGGCCAUGUGUUGUGUGAAGUGGUGACCUGCAGGAUCUCCUGUUCCCACCCAGUGCCCCCAAAGAAUGGGGAGUGCUGCCCCAGCUGUACAGGCUGUCUGUACAAUGGGGUCACCCGGGCUGAAGGGGAUGUAUUUUCUCUCUCCAGUGGGAACUGCACCGUGUGUGUGUGCCUGGCUGGCAAUGUUUCCUGUAUCUCUCCUGAGUGCCCUCCAGGCUCCUGCCACAGCCCUGCCCAGUCUGAUUGCUGCUCCUGUCAGACAGCUAAGUGCAAGUUCCAAGGUCGCACGUAUGCACACGGGGAGGAAUUCAGCUUGGAUGGGGAUGACUGCACCACCUGUGUUUGUCGGAGUGGGGAGGUGGAGUGCUCCUUCACCCCUUGCCCCGUGCUGGAGUGUCCUCGCCAGGACUGGCUGCUAGUACCAGGGCAGUGCUGCUUUUCCUGCCAAGAACCUGUGCCCGUGUCAGGUUGCUUCGUGGAUGACAAUGGGGUUGAGUUUCCCAUCGGACAGAUCUGGUCUCCGGGUGAUCCCUGUGAGUUAUGCAUCUGCCAGGCAGAUGGCUUGGUGAGCUGCAAGCGGACAGAGUGUUUGGAGACGUGUCCUCAUCCUAUUCAGAUUCCAGGACAGUGCUGCCCAGACUGCUCAGCAGGCUGCACCUAUAUGGGAAGGGUCUUCUACAACAAUGAGACAUUCCCUUCUGUCCUAGAUCCCUGCCUUAGCUGCAUCUGUCUGCUUGGCUCUGUGGCUUGCUCUCCUGUGGACUGUACUGUCUUUUGUACAUAUCCAUUCCACCCUGAAGGGGAAUGCUGUCCUGUCUGUAAUGAUUGUAACUAUGAAGGCAGGAAGGUGGUGAAUGGACAGACGUUUGUACCAGAGGCAGAGCCCUGUAUUCACUGCACCUGCCAGUUUGGGGAGGUGAGCUGUGAGAAGAGACCUUGCCCCAUUUCCUGCACAGAGUCCUCCACAACCCCCACUGACUGCUGCCUGGGCUGCCAAGUCAGCCAGGUUCUUCUGCAGAGCAGUCGUGGCCCUGGACAACUGGAUGACGUGGAGUCCAGGCUAUCCCAAGCACACAGUCCCCGAGAGGACUCUGUGGCUCUGCCGAGUGGCAGCAACUGCAGCCUCUGUCCUAGUGUCCAUCUUCCUGCUUCUCCCAGCCGCCUUGCCCAGCUCCUUGCAGGAAGCAACAUGCCCACUCAGCAUGCUGGGCCCACAAAUGUGGCUGGACCUCAUCCUGCUGGGGCAGGGGCCCUUGGGCCACUUCUGAAGAGGUUAGGAGGCACAGCAUCCCCUCUGACUGGGCCAAGCUCUCCAGAAUCCCAUAGGUCUGCUCCUGACCUUUUCAUUCUGAAAGAAACUUCUGGGUCUGUCACUGCAAAUCCAACCCCUUCCCAACCCCCUGCACCCCCCAGCCCAGAUCCUACAAGUGACCAUCUGCCCUCUGAAGGUAGCCGUAGCUCAGGGCCCGUUCUUCAGAAACCUUCCCUGCUCCCAUCAGGAGGAGUAGAGGAGCCUGUGGAUAGGGAGGCUGGAGUGCCUCCAAGCGGGGAGAGUAAACCUGGCCCUCUGACUCCAUAGUGCUCCUCACUAAGGGGCUAGGGAGUGCCAGGCCCAGUUGGAGCUGUUUGAGGAAGAGGAGGCAACUUGCAAAAGGUUACAGGCCUUAUCUAGCAGAUAGGGGCACAGAGGGCCCAUGUCAUUCUGUGCCAGGGCCAAGGGAAGGGCAAUGUUGCCUCCAGAGCUGUGAGUGGGCUCUGUCCUUUACUCUGCUGGUGCCCCCAGGCUGUUUCCUCCCUAUAUCCUCUGGGAGUGGAGGUGUCUCAAAAGAGGCAGUGCCAUACUACCGGGAGGAGACAAUACGUUCCUGCUGUGGUGGCUUGAGUAGUCCUAAGUGACCAUGGGGCGUUGUGACACUCCAUGAGUGCACAUUCCCCACCUGAGAUUCCAGUUCAGUCACCCCCUCAGUCCUUCUGGCUUGUCGGCCUUCUCCGAGCAGGUGGUGAUGGGGAAAUGUCAAGAGCCACCCAAGUCUGGCUCCCCUCCACUUUGAGACAUACCCCGGUGGCCCUAGGGGAUCUCCGUGCAGGGCUUAUGGACUGAUAACUUUCCCAACCCAAGAAAGCCUCUACUUUGGGGUGCUCCCUGCCUUGGUCAACCCCCAGGGUCCCUGAAUCCACCCCCCAUAUCUCCAGCCUCAGACAGGCCCAGGUUUCUGCAUUUGGCCUCUGGCAUUCCUACCAUUUCUCACAAACACGGGGUCAAGAGUACAAGCUGCCCAAAAGAUUUGAAUACUCACUUCCUAGUAAGCAUCUAGAUUCCCUGGGCAGCUCUGAAAUCUCCCUCUGACUUUUCUGAUCCUUUGGAGCUGGCAGGGGGGGGUCUCUUGGCCUCCUAGAUGGGGGUUGGACAAGCUGGAUUUCCCAAGUGGCUUACAGUGGAUGGGUGUCUGAUCUGCCUUUAGGGACAGGCUGCCCCUCCUCUAACUUGAUUAUUAAUAAAGUUUUCAUAAUUAUUUAA